AUGAGCCAGCCGAAUCAUUCCGCGCAGCCACGAAAGAAACACGCAAAGUGCUCUUCAGCAUCGACUCCGGGCCAAAAUACCAAUCACAAACUGAAAAGAGUCUCGUCGACGUCGACUUACAUAGUGGGCAACGAGGAUGAGCUGGAACGCGCGAAAAGCGCCACGUUGGAAAGCACAAACUUUGAUUGGAGGAAAGACGUAAAUCGUGUUGGCAAGAGGAUUGAUAAAACGACUUCCAGCACGACGUUUAGCGGUGGGAGAAAAUUUUGGAACCAAAGCAAUGCCAAACCGUCGAACAUUUUCGUGCCAGACAAUUCUAUCAUCGAGGAAGAGAGCGAGCUGAUCAACGCGUUGACGAAGCAGCUGUACUUCGUCGAGUCUCAGAUGCAGAAGGUGCAGAGCAACCUGAAAAGAAGCGAGGAUCAAUUGAAGACGAGGGAUCAAGAGAUCAUCCGUCUGAAACGGAAGGUCAAGGACUGGGAAACCAAGAGCCAGAACCAGGAGACCCUGCGGAAGAAGGAGCAGCAACAACGACGAAUCCAAACCGACCACUCGGAGUACCUUUACAGACGAUGCCUCAUGUUGGAGCACAGAAUCUAUGAGAUGGAGAAAUUCUUGGCCGAUUACGGUCUGAUCUGGGUAGGCGAUACGAACAGCCCGAAAUGCCCUGAAACGGCCUCCAAUAAUUAUAUCGGGACUUGUUACGAGCAGAUUAUCGCGAACAUCGAUCAGCUCAACUUAGCCGCGGGAAAGGGUGAAGUUCACGUGCAGCACAACGAGAAAGGAAACGGGGCAACGUUCAAAACCCCUUCUUGCAUGUCUUUAAAAUUCUACAAAAAUGGAAUGAUAGUUCAAGACGGCAUAUUGCGCUCUUACGACGAUCCAGAGACGGUAUCGUUCAUUCGUGACAUUUUGGACGGUUAUUUCCCCUCCGAGUUGCAACAAACCUAUCCGAAUGGAGUGCCUUUCAAGGUAGAAGAUCGCAGACACCAAAUGUACAUGGACGGUGUCGUGGACUUUCCCGGUCAAGGUUAUCGGCUGGGAAAGCAGCCACCAGCUGAUAACGCGCUGUUAUCGAGCAGAAUUCGUAGGCCAGGCACCGUGUCCCAGAAGUCGAGUCGUCGCCCUCCGCUUUCGAAAGAUAAUCUAUCCAACAGCGAUUUUUCCACGUCGUUAGCGGCUUCGACAGCUAGGUCGUUAAAAUCGAAAAGCCCGUCGGUAGAUACGCCACCGAUCGAGAUGUACAUUCUGCGUUCUCAGAUUCUGGCGUCGCAUAAUAACAUUUGUUCGGACACGCAUCUGCAAUCGCACAUUAACGCCGAAUUGGGUAUAAGUAACCGAAAAGAGAAGCGAGAUCUGGCAACGAAGAAUGCAGACUUUGAUGUUUCCGGUCGAGAAGGACAAUUGAAAUCCAGGGGUCUGUUAAGGUUUCCAAGUUCUGGAAGGUGUUACCACGGUUCCACCGAUAGAUCGUCGUCUAAACCACCGUCCACUCGAUCGGAAAUCGUUGAAGAUCAUGCUCGACAACGGACGAGAUCGGCCAGCUUACCAAGCUCUCGCAUGUCCAUUAAUUCGAAGCCCAUAACCAGGGUUAAGGCGGCCAUGGAUUUUGGUAAACUCGAUCCCACGCGGUUCUCGAAUUUGCAAACGACAAAUAGCGCGGUCAAGCGAACUCCGCGCGUCGCGAAAUCCGCGACACCGGUUAAGAAAAGUGCACCGCCAAUUCUGCAUCAGAUCAACGAGCCAUCGGGAAGACCAGGUGAACUGCGACUGAAGGUCAGGUCAGUUAACGGUGGUACCGUUUACCUGGUGCACGUGUCAGCCGACGAACCGAUAGCUCGACUUUACCAACUGCUAGACAAAGCGAUGGCGCGAACGGUGCCACGAGGAUACAAAAUCAUUCUCAGCGGUUACUCGCCGAGGAGAUUGGAUCAACUGGCAGCCACUUUAAGAGAAAUCGGUAUUACCAGAGACAGCGUUCUACAUUUAGUGAACGACUGA